AUGCAGGUCGUUUCACAGCGCAUAACUACUCGGACAAAAACCACGUGGGAGUCUACAGAAACUGAGACGGAGACUGAGAGAAUUUGCACCACAGACACCGAGGCAAAACAGGUGAUCACAGGUCCAUCCAAUCUCCUGAUCUUAAAUUCACAUGUCGAAGCACAGGCGCAAGGCAUACCAGAACGACCCUCUUCCCCAGCAUCCGAAUCUACUUCGCUUUCCUCUGAGACGGCCACAUUCUUUGUAGAUAAUGCAGCAGCACCUCUGAUGCCUACUUCCUCCCAUUCCAGUGAUGAGUUGUGGGUCCAAGUCGAGGACUUGUCAGACUUAUCGGCGCUAGUGGACAGGAUAGAGUUGCGUGAUAGCAGUGUUUGA